AUGGCCUUCCAUACUAGGGUUUUGAGGGAUGGCGAGUGGGUUACUGAAACCGUCAACCUGCAAGCCGCCUUGAGGGCAUCUGCCGCUCCACAGCUGGCCUCUGAGCCUCUGCCGCGACCCCCAGUCUGUGGUAUUCUAUCCCAGACUAUUGUUGAAAGCCCUGUUGUUCGAUGGGUGCUCCCGGCUCGGCUGCGCUCCAGCACUCAUAACGACAUUGCUUUCAUUGGCGAUCACUUUGUCCAAGUCAGCGAGCUUGGAAGAGAUGGCCAGGUCCAUGAUGUUGUUCGCAAGUCCGACUUUGGACACAGAAUUCGAAAUGCCGUAGUCCUUGGCGGCAGCUUGGAGCAUGGAUUGGACGACGACCCAUACGGUAUCACCGUCAAACAAGAGCCAUCGCCUUCUCCAUCCUCUCCGGGAGAAGAUGGAAUUUCCGACGACCUUCGAGUUCGCUUGCUCCCUCCGCAGAUGCUCGUGUUGGUACUAGAAUCUUGUCAGAUGCUGUUCCUCUUUGUGAGGGAAAAGCCUGACGGGGGGCUAGAGUUUGUCACGAGCACAUAUGAAAAUCCUAAGCUGCUGCCUUAUGUAGGCUAUCACCUUGCUGUGGAUCCGUCUUCCCGAUACAUGGCUGCAGCAACUCCGGAAGGCAUCUUCAUCGUAUACGAAUUGGUGGCCUUACCAGAGCUCAAUCGACAGUAUGCAAACCGAGAGUACAUCAACCCCAUCAAAUCUUUUCGCAUCAGAGCUGUCAGUGGGGUUGUACAGAAAAUGGAGUUUCUAUUUCCCCGCCCAGAGGAUCAUCAUCAUAUUAUCCUAAUAUUGAUCAUUAUUCGAAGAGAGCGUGUCAAUGGACCUCCCAUCUCUCGUAUGGCAACGUACGAAUGGGAGUUGGGUGACAAUCUUCAACUCAUCCUUUCUGAAGAAAGGGUUGGAACUCGGCUUCCUAAAGAGCAUAAGAUGCCUCUGCUGCUCAUUCCACUCAGGUUCAAAACGGCCUUUUUCGCCGUCUCCGAGUUCUAUAUCGGUAUUGUAAAAUAUGCGCUGUCGGGUGCGCCAGAGUUCGAAAUGUUACCAGCGGAACCACCUGCGCCUACGCCGCUGUAUCAUGGGCAUGGCGAUCCGCUCUGGGUGGCCUGGGCGCGACCCUUUCGCAGGAAGAAAUACCUUGAAAAAACGGACAUCAUUUACUUGGCCCGUGAAGAUGGCGCAAUCAUACAUAUUGAAAUAGAUGCGGCUGAAUUGCUCCCUUCUGUGACUAAUGUCGGAUGCUUAGGGGCCAAUAUCGAUACGGCCUUCACUUCGGCUUAUGACAUCUUUUCAGACGUUCUCAUGAUUGGCGGAGACUCUGGCCCAGGAGGCAUUUGGAAGCUCGCCCCCCGUGAGGACAUCCAGCAGGUUAGCAUCCUCUCUAACUGGUCUCCCGUUAUUGAUAUGACAACUACGAAUGAAUUUUCGACUUGGGGUGCGAACAAUACGGAUCUUCAAAUAGGUCAACACCAGUCAGCAGCCGUACAGCAGAAUAGGGUACGAAAACAAGACAGCAUAUUCAGUGCAUCUUGCCGCGGCCUAAAAGGCAGCGUGGUGCAAUGGAGAUGGGGAAUACAAGCUAGAAUUGGGUUGGACAUUGAAACCGGCGAGCCCAUUAGGCAAGCAUGGACAUUUACAACACAUCAUGGCAAUGCAACAGUGUUGUAUGGCCUUCUGGCGCUACCGCACUCAUCAAUUGUUCUCCGAUUCUCAGAAAACCUCGACCAAGUCGAUGCGGUUCCUACCGAAGAUACACCGUUUGAUUUGACAUCUAGAACUCUUCACGCUGUUCAAGUGUCAGAUAUUAUAGUUCAGGUCACCGAAACUUCCAUUAAUGUGGCCACCCCUACAGGAAGUUCACGAUGCUUAAUUGCCGAAGCCCUUGGUAUAGCUGAUGCAACAGCAGAGAGUGCUUUUUGCAUUGGCCAUAUUGUAGUAUUCUCCACGCACGCCAAUCAAGUUUCUCGGCUCCACGUUAUGAGAGCCCAGGAAAUUGAAUUUGGUUUAACAAGAAGCUGGGAUGCACAGGGUGAAGUGACUUGCGUGUCGAUAUUUACAGUCUCGAGCAACACCUUCAUUGUGGCUACGUCUAUGUGCAAUGGAGUUCCAUGGCUAUCCAUCUACUCAACGACUGGGGAGCCUAUUGUUGCAAAAGCGAUUACAGCUAAUUCUGUGGGCCAAGGAGUUAGUACAGAGCUCGAAGCUCUGACGAGCAUCUCCGUCGCAGACCAAAGUACCGACGAGAUCCAUCUUGUCUUAGGUACUCGUUGCGGUAGUCUCAUUACUGCUCGAAUAUCUGACCAAUCUCCGGACGAUAUAAGUUGGAAUACUGAAGUUAUCGGGGUAGCACGAGUCGAUGUGUUUCCCUCCUCGAUUCCUUUCGAUGAAGCGUCCGCCACAUUUGCUUGUUGCGACAAUAGAUUGCUACUUCUCAGCGAUUUUUCUCCGAAGAAUUGUAAAUUUACCAAUAAGCAAUUCAUUUGGCUAACAGAUUCGAACGAGCCAUCAAUGCCAUCACCCCCCAUUCACUCACUCCACAGAAUAUCUCAAAAUCUGUCUGGGCAAAGCGGGCAUACAUCUCUGCUGAUACUCGCAGGCUCAAGGCUGCUCUUGGCUGACUUUGGCCCUCAAGUUGGGAAUGUGCCCCGGCCUAUUCCUAUUCAAGGCACCCCAACAAGGAUCAUAUUCUCGCAGAUGCUGAAUUGCCUAGUUGUUGCCAUGAUUACCAAUAAUAAGCCCACGCUGGUAUUCAUUGAUCCUGAUACGGGGGCAAUCAUCUCUGUGCCAACUGACAAGGAUAAGAAUCCUACCGAAUACAUUUCUGGUCUGGGCCACCGCGAAGAUAAAAUACAUGGGCUUCACGAAUGGCUUUACAAAAAGGACGGCAAAGUAUUUCCUUUUAUCAUCGUUACCACACAUCAUGGAAGACUCAUAAUUGUCUCCACGGAAAAGUUGGAUGCUCGCUCGCGUGAAGGAGAGAGCAGGCAACUGAGAUAUUGGACACGAUAUAAGAAACAACUUUCAGGCCCGAUAUUUUCAAUAGUGGGGAAUGAGGAAGGAUUGCUGUACUGUGUUGACCAGACACUUCAUUGGGAGAUCCUCGAUCUGGCGGAAAGGAAGCUGAAACAUGUGAAGCAGUUCCAAUUGGAUUCCCCAGCGAUUCAACUACGCAUAUUCAAAGGCAAGCUUUUUGCACUCACAAACUUGCAUUCGUUGGAAGUUAUAGACUACCAGUCAGAUGAAGGCACUAUGGAACUCAUACAUUGCGACCAGGCCUCUAGAAGAACAAUUCAUAUGAUAGAUGUGGGCAAUCCGGCCGACGGCUAUGGCCAGUGGCCACUGACUCUUGUAUCGGACCAAGCUGGCUUCAUAACAGGCCUUUGGGUCCCACUGGGUCAGCGAGAUCGAGAGUUUGAAGUUGUAUUCGAAGGCAUGCUAGCGUCUUCAGUGAGGAGAUUCCUACGAGCCCGCAGCAGGCCGCUAUGGCUCGUGGACAAUACCCAUCGGCGCUACGGAACAUUACCGAGUACCCAUGAUGGAUCGGAUAUUAUUGGCGUUUCCUUAGAUGGUUCCAUGAAGCAAUUUUCGCUGCUUGGCCUUGAGUUGUGGCGAUUCUUACUCAUGGUCCAGACAUUGGCGCACCAAAACUACGGUAUGGCUUUGUUUGACAAGUCUGCGAUUAACGAGAAGGUGGACGUUAUGAGUAUAGAUUUGCAACCAAGCCCUAGGAUCAUGCAUAUCGACGGAGAUUUGCUAAAGCGCUGCAUACAACUAAAAGCAUUGGAAAAGAUUAUGAAAUCCGAUGACACCUUUGCCUUAUUUUGCGACCACCUCGAUGCGCUAGAAGGGGGGAGCCUCACUACUGGAUUCAAGGACGAAGGCGAAUCGAAGCGGCGAAAGAAAUAUUUUGAGCUCGCCUAUGAGAUAUUCGAGUUUCUCGUAGCGCCAGCACUGUAA